UCCCAGUUCCAGCUAACAGCUUAGCGGGAGCAGGGGUGAGGAAGAGGCAUCAAAAGAACUAAGAACUUAUUUUUGUUUUAAACAAAGGAGGCUUUUUUUUUCUUGAAAGCAACUGAAAAAGCUGAGCCAGAAAGCGAAAGCUUCUCAGUGCUAGCUGCACAGUGCACAGUUAACAGAUCAAGAAAGUCAACUAAUGCUACACAAAACCAGCAUUCCAGCGGUGAGGAGUCCCCUGAGGGAGGGAAUUGCAACUGAGAAUUCAACUAGAUGUCAAAGAGGAAGCUGCUUCUUUUGGUGGACGUGGAUCUUAUUUAACACUGGAUUUGUGUGCAUCGCUCUUCAGAUAAUCACCUGGAAAUCUGUUGUGCCUUCCCUUCAAAACAAGCAAGUGCUGCUAUACAAAGCAUUUCUUCUUCUCUCUUUGGCUUACAGUACAGGGUUUUGUUAAAAAGGAGAGUCUUUUUUCCUAUGCACGGGAGGCUGCCACAUUCCACUCCCAGGAAAAUUAAGGAGAUCCUGUCAACUCAUCCUAGAUAACCAGUUCAGUUCACACAGAAGACCCGGUCCAUUUGGCAUAAGCCCUGGUUUUGUCUGAGGGAGCAAGUGCCCGAACAAGAGGCAUAUAUAUAAAUAUAUAUAUAUAUAUAUACACAUUUUUUUCUGGUUACUAUUUGAGGAUUAAUGAUGUAAAUGUGAUCCAGGGAGACUGAAGGAAGCAAACUCACUGAGCCAUGGGAAGACAAUUUAAGCAAGAACAUGUAUAGUGAAUUGUUAAAUUCAACCAGUGCCACUGAAGCUCACCUAAUCAUUCAGACCAACACACCCUACCUGAACAGCACACAGAGACCAGUAAGCUCCUCCGCGUUUUAUAUGUCAACAGCCAGGGUGUUAAAAGAAGGGGAAAUAAAUAAGCCAGAUCUGGUGACUUACAUUGUUCUGUUUUUCUUCCUGCUUUUGACUGUGAUAAUAAUUGUGCUCUUUAUUAACUGUCAGUUGAAAAAUUCUUUUUUUGCUACUCUACCUUAUGACAGAUCACUCCGAGAAACCAGGAGUACAUGGAGGACACAAGCUGUCUAAAGCCAGAAAGAGGAAGCCUUGUUUAAUACUGUUUUGCUUUGAUAUAUAGCAGUAGCAUGAGCCAGAAAACUUGUGCAAUAAAAUGUUAUUUCCUUGCGCUGUUAGGUGGAUCCAAUCCCCUUUUAAAUAAUAUUUGGAGUCUCAUCAUUAAGAGAAAAAAAAUCCAUGCAGGGAAAAAAAAUUGCUGAAUGUAUAUUAGAGUAGAUGUAAAUAAAAAGUCCUUUUAUGAAUUAAAAAGAUAAAGCAUUAUUAUGUUUAAUUUCUGUACAGAGAUACAUACAAAGGAAAUGCAUUGCAGAUAGUACAAACCUCUGUUUAACUCUAUAUGUAUGCAAAUUUCAUCACUGACCCAUUCAAUCAAGGUACAAUGGCAUUUGCCUUGACAAUAAUCUCUAAUUUGUACAUCUGGUGGAACUGUAGCCUGUAUUUGGGAAAUCAUGGCAUGAAAUGUAGAAAUGUUAAUAUAUUUACUUGAGGGCCACAAUGAGGAAAUCAAUUUACUUUACAGACCGAUUUUGCUUUAUUGUUUCUAGAAACAUGUGGCAACGUAAUGGAAGAUAUUUCUGGUAAAGACCGUAAGCCAAACAUGCUUCUAGUUUUAUUUAGCAUCUCUUCUGUGAUCCUGUUAACCAGCAUUCUUGAUGUUCUAGUGCAGUGAUACUCCAACCUCAGUGGCUCAGGAGCCAAAUUAGUGAUCAACAUUAUCCAAAAGCUCCACCGUAGUGGGAAUUCAUUGUUUCAUUUACUAUAGUACUAUUCAUAUUUAAAUGGUAUGGGAGGGGAAAUACUUAGUUUUAUAUAUAUUAUUCCCACAGCAAAUAAGUUAUUAACUUAGUGGAAGUUCAUAACUUAAUUGGUUAAUAACAUAGUGAAACAUCCGGAUUGGUAAAUAACUUAGAUUGGU